CUCUGAAAAGAUGGCGGCGGCGAGCGUGUCGGCGGCGGCAACGGCGGUGGUUGGGGCCGGCUUGGCGAGUGUGGACUUCUCCGACCUGCGGACGAUCAAGAAGCAGCUGCUGGACGUGGCGGAGCGGAGCCGGGAGCGCGGCCUGCAGCACAGCGGGAAAUGGGCCUCGGAGCUGGCUUUUGCCCUGGACCCUCUGCCCUUGAAUGAGCUGCCGCCUGCUCCUGCGCUCACAGAGGAAGAUGCUCGUGACUUAGACGCUUACACACUUGCUAAAUCUUACUUUGAUCUCAAAGAAUAUGACAGGGCUGCUUACUUUCUCCGAGGCUGCAAGAGCCAGAAGGCCUACUUCUUAUAUAUGUAUUCUAGAUACCUGUCAGGUGAAAAGAAGAAGGAUGAUGAGACAGUGGAUAGUCUGGGUCCCUUAGAGAAGGGACAGGUGAAAAAUGAAGUUUUGAGGGAGUUACGGGUAGAGCUUAGCAAGAAGCAUAAAGCCCGAGAGCUGGAUGGAUUCGGCCUUUAUCUGUACGGGGUUGUAUUACGAAAGCUAGACCUAGUGAAGGAGGCCAUUGAUGUCUUUGUGGAAGCUACCCAUGUUUUGCCCUUGCAUUGGGGGGCCUGGCUGGAGCUUUGCAACUUGAUUACAGACAAAGAAAUGCUGAAGUUCCUGUCCUUGCCAGAUACCUGGAUGAAGGAGUUCUUCUUGGCACACAUCUACACCGAACUGCAGCUGAUAGAGGAAGCCUUGCAGAAGUAUCAGAGUCUUAUUGAUGCAGGAUUCUCCAAAAGCACCUACAUUAUCUCCCAGAUUGCAGUGGCCUAUCACAAUAUCCGAGAUAUUGAUAAAGCAUUGUCCAUCUUCAAUGAACUACGAAAGCAAGAUCCUUAUAGGAUAGAAAAUAUGGACACCUUUUCUAAUCUGCUAUAUGUUAGGGGAAUGAAGCCUGAGUUGAGCUAUUUGGCUCACAACCUGUGUGAGAUUGACAAGUACCGUGUUGAGACCUGCUGUGUGAUUGGAAAUUACUAUAGUUUACGUUCCCAACAUGAAAAGGCAGCACUUUAUUUCCAGAGGGCAUUAAAACUGAAUCCACGGUAUUUGGGAGCAUGGACUCUCAUGGGGCACGAAUACAUGGAGAUGAAAAACACGUCAGCAGCUAUUCAGGCCUACAGACAUGCCAUAGAAGUUAAUAAAAGAGACUACAGAGCAUGGUAUGGACUGGGACAGACAUAUGAAAUACUUAAGAUGCCUUUUUAUUGCCUCUAUUACUAUCGACGAGCCCAUCAACUCAGACCCAAUGAUUCACGAAUGCUGGUUGCUCUUGGAGAAUGUUAUGAGAAAUUAAAUCAGCUGGUAGAAGCUAAAAAGUGUUACUGGAGAGCAUAUGCUGUUGGAGAUGUGGAAAAAAUGGCACUGGUGAAACUAGCGAAGCUUCAUGAACAGUUGAAUGAGUCGGAGCAAGCUGCGCAGUGCUAUAUCAAAUACAUCCAAGAUAUACAUUCCUGUGGGGAGAUUGUGGAGCAUCUGGAAGUGAGCACUGCCUUCCGCUACCUGGCUCAGUAUUAUUUCAAGUGCAAACUCUGGGAUGAAGCCUCAGCAUGUGCCCAGAAAUGCUGCGCAUUUAAUGAUACCAGAGAAGAAGGGAAGGCCCUCCUGCGACAAAUCCUGCAGCUAAGAAAUCAAGGGGAGACAUCCUCUACAGAAAUUGCCACACCCUUCUUACUUCCUUCCUCACUGUCUGCCAAUAACACUCCAACGCGCCGUGUGUCACCAUUGAACCUGUCAAAUAUUACACCUUAGACCAUUCCUACCUUUCUAAACUGUCUUGAGCCAAAAUAAUAAUCCAGCUGGAAUCUG